AUAUUGUUUGCCUUGCAUUUUCCGUUUGGACUAACCUAUGUAACAUAUGUAAGUAUGGACGCCGCUCUAACCAGGAAGACUGCAAAGAAGAAACGCAAGACCCAUACGACCAGAGGGUAUCGGAAAAGGGAGCAGGAGGUGCAAAAGUUGAUGAGGGCAACGGAAGGCAGAAUCUCUGGUCAAGAAUACGACAUGGAGGCACGUAGCCUGGAGUUCUUUCAUGGAUUCGAGAGUGAGAUGCAGCAGGAGAACGAAUUUGCUGCCGCAGAUGUUGGCCAGGAGAGCGACGAAGAUUCUGGUGGGGAACUGGCUGCGGAACCAACGGAUUCACCCUCCCACACAUUUAUACAUAUCGAUCUGCACGAUCCUCCUCUGGCCUGGAGUCAGCUCUUCAAGCAGCGCCACUACUAUGAUGAGAGCUUACUUUACCGACCGAGUAAUACCCUGCACUUUCAGUUGCAUUUGAGCGAUUUGAGUGAGUUGAAGGACUCCCAGAUCCGUAUGCUGAACCGCUACCAGGAGCAGUCCAAAAGCAAGUCCGGUAAAUUGGGCUCCGAUCUGAUUGGUCAGCUAAGUGGACAGAAGCCUGCGAGUUUCUUGAUGGGUAAACAUCUAUAUCGCACUGUGUGCCAUAGGAGGUUUCAGAGCGUGUUCUUCCCUCCCAUGCCACCAAGUGAGUUGAAGGGCCUGCCCUCCAGACGUUGCCUGAAAUUAUGCCUCAAACAGCUUCGGUUCAGCUUGCAUCCUCAACUCUUGGAGGAGCACCGACUGGCCCAGCAGCUGGAGGAUCUCUUCGAUGUGUACAGCCAGCAGAGGAAGCAGAGGAUCUGUCGGAAACUAAGGGAGGAGCUGGAGAUAGCCCGCCAGGUGGCACUCAAGCUGCUCGCCUCAGCUGGCCAGGAUCAGACGGCAGAGGUGAAGCGUCAAUUGAAGCUGACCCGUCAGCUGAGGCAACGCUACUACGCAGAGUCCGCAGCCCAGCGUAAUCUUCUCCAGCGCCUGCUAAAGCAGUGGGCCAAGCUGAAGGAGCUGCGCCGCCAGCAGCGAUUCCAGUGCACACGUUUCCAGCUUGGCCUCCGUGUGGUCCAUCCGCCCGACCUGGAGGCCUCCUAUUGCGCGUGGAAAGAGAGCUUCGAAACGGAUCUGGCCGAGGUGUAUCGCGAGCAUCUGGAGGUGUUUUACACCCGACUGCGUCUGUGGAGCGACCAGAACUCCCGCAGCCGCACAGCGACGGGCCACUCGAAGCCUCCACGGAAACCACAAUUCGAUCGGAUUAUGGCUAGCUUGAGGAAGGAGUACGACAAGACCUUUAAGGACCCAGAGGAACCCUAUGUGGAGGUCUUCCGUCUGCAUGCGGAUGAAGCAACUGCCAGGUUGUCCAUUCCAGGCGGGGAUCAGCUGCCCAAGGCGCGUAACUACUUCCUAAAGAUAUUCCUGGACGGACAAUUUGUGGGCCAAAGCAGGACCUACCGCCUGGAGCCGGAUCUCCAGAUAUCCAUCAACGAGUGCAUGGGAGUGCUUUUGGAACGCACUCUUCCAGAGAACCUCAACAUAUGGCUCUACGAGAAGUCCACCUUGACCCCAAAGAGUCGCUGCCUGGCCCAGAUGAGCACUCCGCUACUGUUGGGCGCCAAGGAUGAUGCAGUGCAGGAGAAGCUCAGUUUCCAGACUUUAUCCUCCACCCAGUUGGCUGGGGACGUUUACAUGUACUAUGAGUACCGCUCCACGGAGGGAUGGGGAAGUGCCCUUCACCUGGACGAUGUACAAAGACUACCGGAUGCACUGCGUCAGACUCUGUUGCCGCCGAGCUUGCCCGCUCUGCCGCAAGCCUCCAAAGAGCUAGUGACUCCCCGUCCGCCAAGUGGAAGAAUAAGGAAGAGUCAGCUACCACCGCUGAUAUUUGCUGAACAGCAGCUUCAGUUCUGCGGCUUGGAUGUCCUUCUGGAUAACCGACGUUUCCAGUUACUCCACUCGCGUCAUCAGCAGAGGAAUCUGCACACCAAACAGCUGCGCUUCGUGCCCGCCCUGGAGCAGGAAAUCUCGGAAGAAGAACCCCUGCCGGAUGGCCGGGGAACAGUGCAGCUCCUGGAACCGGGCACCUACUGGAAUCCCAUCGAUCUGCACAAGCAUCGCGGACGAAAGUUCCUCCAGCUGCUGUACGAGGUGAUUGCCAGCCAGAGUGCCAGGCGGGCCAAGGCCUUGCAGACGCCUCUGCCGCUGCUCCUCCUGGCCGAGGAUUCGGAUCGCUCAUCGGCCACCGGUUGGACAGCCCUUUGGCGGGCUUUUUGCUCCGUUUUCCAAGGGCAACGAAACUCCCUGCCCAGGGAACCAUCUGGUUGGUCGGGUCAGCAAUCCGGUCCCGAUCUCUUCAAGACCUUCUGCGUUUCGCUCCACGUGGUGCGGGCCACUGGAGUCCCCGUGCGCAGUCGCCACAUCCUGAAUCUCAAUGAGCGGCGCUCCAGCGCUGGUGGCGAUAUGAGUACCAGUCUGUUUGUCACCCAGACUCUCAUGUACUCCAAUGUGCGACCCUUUGUGACCCUAAGCUAUGGACAGCGUUUGUGCCGCAGUCGCACCGCCGAGGGCAGUAAUCCCACGUGGAACGAGCAGCUGCAGCUGCAGAUCCAGAGUCAGUUCGGCGAUCUCCGCGAGGAUCUGAAGAUCAGUCUGUUCGACGAAUUGAUUGAGCAGCAGUACAGUGACGAGGCCUCCGAUUUGUACCAGCGGGUGCAGUGCAACUGGUUGGGCGAAUUCCGGGUGCCCAUCAACAGCUUACUGGCCAGUCGCAAGUUCGAGGGUUGUAUCGAGUUGGCCAUGCCCAAGGUUUUGGUGGGCUACAAACGGCCGUUGAUAGAUUCCGUCACGAACAUGCCAACGGACCAGUAUCCGGAGUUCAAGGAGGCAGUGCAUCUGUGGUUCUACCUGAGCAUCGAACCCGGCGGUGGAGACCUUAUGCCCCUACAGUCCUGCGCCUUGGCCUGUGCGGAGAAACCAGAACUGCAGCAAUACCUCGGAGACAGGAGAUUGGAGCUUCAGCAACUUCUUCCCCAGCCGCAGCGCUAUGUGGAGCCACUGGUGUGCACUGCCCAAGGGAAGAGGGUGUGUCUCACCAGACUCCUGGAUGCAGUGCCCCUUCCACCAGCUGCUGUGCCCAGCGGCGAGAAUCCUCUAGAGAUCUGCAUUCGCUACGUUUCGCUACUGAGCCAAUUGCGCAGCUAUGAUCCCUGCCAGGGAUUCCGUGGCGUUUGGCUGGACAAUCAAUCCCUGCUGGACAGCACCUGGUGCUCGGUCAAGGAUCUGGGUGUCCUGCUAUGUAACUACAUGCUGUCCUUGGGCUUGGAGUGCUGGCUAAUUCUGGGAGUGGCCUGUCCCCAUGGCGAGUGCUCCUUUGUGCUCUUCCGCCAGCCGGAAACUGCUGAGCUCUUCUUUGUAUCCCCCGCCACUGGAAAGAGAUACCAGCUGCAGGAUGUGCAUUGUCCACUUAGACGCAUAUAUUGUGUGGUGGGAAAGGAUAAUAUUUAUUUCAACAUUCAGACGGAAACCCGUGUCAGCAUGACGCACUUUAAUUUUCAGGAUGGCGCCUGCUGGUUUCCACUCUUCAGUCGGCGAGUUCCUGCCCCCCAGAGUGGAGUCCAGAAGCUGGACUACGCGUACAAGAGGAGCUACGAACUCAGCCAGCUGCAAAAGCAGAUUGAGCGCAAGAUUAUGAAGAAGAUCAGUGCGUGGCGCACCACCAGGAAAACCAUCUGGAAUCGAGCCUUUCAGCCGCGCCUCCACAAAAUCCUUUGCGACAUGGAAGGCCUAUCCACUUUCUCCAGAGGCCGAUAUGAUGAGCCCAUAUUCAGCGAGCAACUGGAACGAGAGUUUCCCAACUACAGGCUCUACGGCUUCACCCUAAACUUUGCGUACACCAAUCUGGCGGCGAUAUCGGAGCGCAUCCGGACCAGCUGCAUCCACUACAACCACGACGCCUCGGUGGAGUUCUGUGUGGCCGUCCAUUUGCACGCCCACGCCAACGAUGUGCUGUCCGUGUGGCUGUUUCUGCUCUCCAUGGUGCCACUGGUGGAGUGAGUCACA